AUGGACAAACAGAAUGAAGAACAAAAAUGUGAAAAUCUUUAUUCAUCAGACUUUUUUUCAGCAGAUUUAAUUAAUAAAAAAGUAGAAGGCCUUAAUCAUAAUUAUUAUGAUUUCAAUGAUACUACAAGAAAAUGCAAAAUAUAUGAUAAAAGUGUAACAAUUGAAUUUGAAAGUGAUUAUGAAAGUUCUUAUAAAAAAAAUAAAUAUAAGGAAUACUCAAAACAAAGUACGCUGAGUAUAGAUAAUAAUGAUGUAGAAAAUGCAACAGAAUAUUCUUUUGAAACUAAAAAUUUCAGUGAUAAACAAGAAAUGUAUUACAAUCAAUGUGAAAAAACAAAUGAGAAUUUUAAAGAAAAGUUUCAAGAGAACGAAAUAAGUACAGAUAAAAUAACUGAAAAUAAAAGAAAUAAAAAUGAAGUGAAUCCAGAUGAUGCAAAUGAAAAUGAGAUAAAUAUAAAUAAAGUAAAUGAAGACGAAGUAAAUGUAAAAGAAAUAAAUGAAAACGAAAUAAAUAUGAAAGAAAUAAAUGAAAACGAAAUAACUGUAAAAGAAAUAAAUGAAAGUGAUAUUACUGAAAAUGAAGUAAAUGAAAGUAAAAUAAAUGAAAAUGAAAUAAAUAAAAACGGAAUUGAUUCCUUAAAAUAUGCAGAUGAUUUAAUUUCAAAUGAAGCAAAUGAAAAAAGUACAAAUAUAUUAGAAGGCUAUGAAGAAAGUUCAGAGAAUAAUUUAGAUAUUAAUUGGAAUAAAUCUCAAAUAAAAACAUGUAUAAGAAUUAAACCAUCAGACUCAAUUGAAACAGAAUUUGAAAAUGCAAUUACACAAAAGGGAGCAAACAAAAUAUUAAUUAAUUAUGGAAUGAAAGGUGAAAACAAAAAAUGUGAAUUUUUGGUUGAUAAAGUUUUUAACCAAGGAAGCACACAAUUAGAUGUUUGGAAAAGCAUUUGCUUUUGUAUAGAUUCUAUUUUUUAUUUUAAAAAUGCUACUGUAUUUGCUCACGGGCAUACAGGCACUGGAAAAACAUAUACUAUGAUAGGUCCAGAUAUUAUGGAAAUAAUUAAAAAAAAAAAGAAGAAAAUUAGAUUUGCUAUAAAAAGAAUUCAACAAAAUGAUUUAUUAAUAAAUACAAAUAGCUUAAAACUUUUAAAUAAUAAUAGCAAUAGUAACAGUAAUAAUUUUUUUUAUGAUAGAAAGAGAUCUUGUUCACAGCCAAUAUUUAACUUACCACCAAGAAUAAUACCUUUGGUAAACGCAAAUUCUACAAAUUAUAAGAAAAUAAAUGAUGCAUAUGGUGUUCUUAAUUCUAGAUAUAAUAAUAAAUCCAAUGUAGAAUAUAUUAAUGAAAAUAAUUACGCAAAAUACGAAAAUUACAAAACAUUUUCUGAAUAUAGAAAUGAAUACAAAUAUAAUGCUAGGAGUAUUAAAGAUGAAAUCCAGUUAGUUUUAAAUUCAGAAAAAAAAGGUAUGAUACCCAGAGCAUGCGAAGAAAUAAUGAAGAGAUUAUCAUUAUUAAAAUCAUCAAGGAAUACAGAAGCAUAUGAGGAAAAUAACAUUGCAGAAAACACUAAAUGGGAACAAAAUAGUACAAGAGAAUGUGAAAGUGAUCAGAAAGCGAAAGAUAUUUUUAAAAAUGUAAAAGUGUACGCAUCAUAUAUGCAAUUAUACAAUGAUAGAAUAUUUGAUUUGCUAAACCCUUAUAAUGAAUCACAACCAUAUUUAAGCACACUUAAAUCAAAUUUUACCAAUAAUACCACGUUUGUUUCUGGCUUAUUAACUGUAGAGGUAAAUAGUUGUGAAGAAUUGAUUGAAUUAUUAAUAGAUGGAACAAGUAACAGAGCUUGUAGGAUUACCAAAACAAAUGAAAUGUCAACAAGAUCACAUUCUAUAUUUAAAAUUGAAUUAAGGAAUGUGAAUAAUUCUAAGCCAGAAACUUUUAAAUCGGGUAAUUUGUUAUUAAUUGAUUUGGCUGGAAAUGAAAAAUACGAAGCAUCUAAUGAAAAAUUAUACACAACAGAAGUUUGCUCCAUAAAUAGAAGUUUAUCUGCUUUAUCACUAUGUAUAAAUGAAUUAUCAAAAGGAAAUAAAAGCAUCAGUUAUAGAAAUUCAAUUUUAACUCGAUUACUUCAAGGGUCUUUAGGUGGAUCUAGCAAAACUAUUUUUAUUUGCACUGUAUCACCAUCUAUAAACAACGUGCGUGAUACAUUAUCUUCUCUGAAAUUAGCUGCCAAGGCAAAAAAAAUACAAUUUCAAAAUAAGAAUUACAGUUCAUAUAUGUAUGAGGACAUAAAAAAAUUAAAAAGGGAAUUAAAUUUUUUGAAAAAAUUUGUUUUUUUUCAGUACAUUACGAAUAAAUAUGAAAGUAAAAAAAGACUAAAAAAAAUAAAAGAAUUUUAUUUUAACAAUUUUCCAUUUAUAAAAAAUAAAAUAGGUUUUACAAAACUUAAUGAACAUAUAGAAAAAUAUUAUCAUAAUAAUAGUGAUAAUGUCGAGGGAAAUGCAAAAUUAAAUGGAAAUGAGCAAAAAAUGAGUAAUGAUUCUAUAGAACAAAAUAUUAAUAAAAAUCAAGAAGAAAUUAAUGAAAAUGAAUUAAAUCAAAUGAUAAAUACAUAUAAAGGAAUAGAAAAUAUUUAUAAUGAUUAUGAAUUUACAUCUUUUAACUCAUUAUUAUUGCAGUGGAAUUUGAAUAAAUCAAGUAUUAAGAAAGUAAAAGAAAAUGUAAAAAUCCCAAGUAAUAAAAAAUAUUUGUGGUUCAAUAGCAAUGGAAAUAUAAAUAAAAAAAGUAUUAUAAAUUUUAUUGAAACACAUACCAUAGAAUAUGAAAUAGAAACAGAUGAGGAUGUACAUAAUAAAAGUAAAAAAAAUGAAAAAGAAUUAGAUGAUGAAGAAGAUAAUUAUAAUGUUUAUGAUAUUGGAUAUGAAGAUUUGGAAGUUGAUAAUUAUAAUUAUUGUAAUGAUGAUUAUGAAAAUAUAGAAGGAGAAAUGGAUGAAGGUGAAACAUUAGAUGCGGAAGAUGAUGAAAAAGAUGAGAAAAAAAAUAAACGCAAUUCUAAUGAUUGUGACGAAUAUAUAAGAUCUGAAGUAAAAUUGUUGAAGAAAAAAGAUGAGCUUGAAGAAAGUGGACCUACUGAAGAACAAGAAGAAAGAGAAGAGGAAGAAGACGAAGAUGAAUGUGAAGAUGAGGAAGUAAAGCAGCUUGAAGAAGAAUAUGAAAGUGAAGAAUUGGAACAUAGAUAUGAAGAUAAUGAAGAAGGAAACAUUUUAAAACAGAAAAAAAUUAAAAAUACUUACAAAGAAAAGAGAGACAUUAAAAAAACAAAAAAAGAAGUGAGUGAAAUUAAGAGAAAUAAACAAAUAGAAGAAAAUUUAAAUAUAUUAAAAAAAACGAAACAUGACGUUUAUAUGAAAGAUGUUAUUUUUGAUAAGAAAAAGAAUGAUUACAAUAAAGAUAAAAAUAAAAAAAAGAAAAAAAGGAGUGAAAAUUAUAUUAUAAAUGAACAUUUCGAAAAUAAUAAAAAUUUUAACGAAAGUAUAAAAAUUCCAGAUAGUAAUAAAGCAAAUUAUAGUUUAUCAACAAGAUUAAUAAGAAAUAAAGAUAAUAACUAUAGUAAUAUAAGUAAAAAUAAAAAAAAGCAUAUGAUGGAAAAAAAUAGAGAAAAGAAAAACAAGAGAGACAAUAAAAAUGAGACAAUAAGUAAGCUUUAUAAUUUUAACAUAAAUAAAAAAAAAGUAUUUAAUAGUAUCCUUAAAAAUAGACAGGAAGAAAAUAAUAUAAAAAGUGUUAUGGAAAAAAAAAAAGAAAAGUUAAUAAAAUAUAUGAAGAUAAAAAAAAUAAGUAAUCCUUCUUAUAAACCCAAUAAUAAUUCUUAUAAUUCCAAUAAUACAGAUAACAAAAUUAAUGCUCAGGAAUCUUCGUUAAUAAAAGUAAAGAAUGAAUAUAGAAAAAAAAAAUAUAUUGAAUUAAAUAAAAUUCACAAAUCAGAGUAUUUCUUAGAGGGAAAUAACAAUAAAAAUAAAGUAUCCCCAGAAAACUUUACAAUUUUAAGUUCUUUAAGAAGUUCAAAAAAUUUUAAAAAUUUUGUAAGCAAUAUUAAUAGUUAUGAUAAAACAUUUUCAGUUAAUUCUAUAAAAAGCAAAAAAGAGAAUAAUGAUUUAAAAAAAAUCCAAAAUAAUUCAGUAAAUCUAAAAUGUUUGGAAAUCAAGAAUUUGAAUCAAAAAAAUUUUGUUAAUAAUAUAGGAAUAAAUAAUUUAGUAAUAAAUAAAGUCAGAAAUUUUCCCAAUUUAACAGGAUAUAAUUAUAAAACAAGAACAUAUGAAGUAAUAGAUAACAAUAAUAUAUAUUUAAAUGAUGAACAAAAUGAAGAUGUAAGCCAUUGUGAGUUUUCAAAAAAUAGUGUUGGCAAUGAUGAUAUAAAUAUAGAAUAUGAUAAUUUAAAUUACAAUAUGAAUGAUGAAAGAGGAAGAUCUAUUAGUGAAAAUUGCUGCUACAAUAAUUUAAAAAAUAAAACUGUUAUAGGAAAAAAUUACAAAGGAAAAUUUACCUAUUAUAUUGAGUUUGAUAAGCUUAAUAAUAUGAAAAAACAUACAAUGGACGAAAACUUUAUAAAUAGUAAAAUUAAUAAUAGAGACUCAUUAUACAAUUGCAAUUAUCAUGAAGUUCAAAAAUUUAAUAAAAAGAACGCAGAAAUUUUGGAUUAUAAAAAAAAAAUAGGUAAAAAUGAUCUAAUAACAGAAAUAGAAAAAAGUUGGUUAAGUUUUGAGAAAAAAUUAGAAAACAAGUUAAAGAAGAAAAAAUUAAAUAAAGGGAUGAAAAUAAGAGGUAAUAGUAAUAUAAAUAGUAAUGUUAGUCAAGUUAGUGCAUUAGAAGAAAAUAAAAAAAAGUUAGAAAUACUAAAAAAUCGUUAUGGAAAAAUUUUCAUAGAUUCUCAAAAAACAAGAGAUUACCUCUAUGAUAACGUAAGAACUGAUAAUAAUAAUAAUAAUAAUAAUAAUAAUGAAAAUAAUAAUGAAAAUAAUAAAGAAUAUAACAAGCAAAUUAAUAAUGAACAAAGUAGACAAUUUAAUUCAAAUAAGAGUACUCCAAUACAUGAUGAAGCGAAAAAUAUAGAAAAGACAUAUAUAUUAAAUAAUGAUAUCAUUAAAGAUAAUUUUAAGAAUUUAACGAAUACAAAAAAUAGUAUGAAUAAUAUCCAGCAUUUCCUUUUUAAAGAUCAUAAUAAUAUGAACUCAUCUACAGCAAAUUGUGACAAACAAAAUUCUAGUAAUUCUUAUUAUGAUGUAAAGAAAAAUAAUUAUUUAAAUAAUGAAAAUUGUAAAACAGAUAUUUAUAAAAAAUUAAGUAAAACUGAUACCAUUGCGCAGUCAUAUACUUACAAGAAUUUAAAAAAUGAGAAAUUAAAAAAUAGUUUAGUAAGAAAAGAAAAUUUUAAUUUUAUUUUCGAUAAUAAUUCUACAUUUAGAGAACUCAAUCCGUUAAAUACAAGCUCUACUGAUAAACAAAUAAAUUCAGAAAAAAAUUUUGAAAUUUAUGGAGAAAUUCAUAAUAAAUUAUUCUAUACAAAAAAUUAUAAUAAUGAUGAUAAUUCAAAUAAUGAAAGUCAUAAAAUUACGAUGAGUAAGUGCAGUAAUGAGUUGAAUAUAAAAAAACAGAAUAGUGCAAAAACGUCUAAUAAUUGUACAUUUAAUAAAGAUAAUAAAGAAAAGAAUAUUAAUAAUAAAAUGUAUAGUACUAUAUUUUUUGGAAAUAAUCAUUCUUCUAACAUUUAUAUUGAUAAAAAAGAGGACGCAGAUACUAAAGAAGACAAAGUUAAAGAAAAAAAUGAAAUAAGAACCAUAGUUGAAAUAGGAGAGAUAAGAAAAGAGGAAGUAAAAAAAACAAAAAAGGAAAAUGAAAAAAAAAAAAAAAAUUCAAAAAUGAUAGAAGAAAACAAAUAUAUGAAAAUAUCAGAGAAAAAGAUGGAAAAUAUAAAUUGUAAUAUAAAUAAAUAUUGCGAAAAUAAUUAUAUAAAAGCUUAUCACACUGAUGACUUAAAUUUAAAAAAAAUGCAACAUUGCCAACUAGAUAAUUUUAAAAGUAGGAAAAUGCAUAAAAUGGACUUUUUUUAUAUGAACGAUAAAAAUAAUAAUAAUAAUAAUACAUUGAAUUCAGAAGAUAUAAAGUUAAAAAAAUAUAACUAUAUAGGUGAAACUAUUAUUCCUCAUAACAAUAAAGUUAACUAUAUGAACAAUGUGAUUACUUAUAACAACUCAAAUAUUAAGGAAAAAAUUAAAAAUAUACAUUAUUAUAGCAAUGAUAUUAAUCACAAUUACACUUUUAGAAAUGGAAUAGUAUCAAAUAAAAUUGAUAAUAAUACAAUAGUUAAUCCAUUGACCCUAGAUGGUAAUACAACGAAUACUGGAAUUAUAAACGAUAUUAAUAAACAAAAAAAAUUUAAAUUAAUAUUUGAAAAUGCAAAUGAAUAUGAAACAAAAAUGAAUAAUCAAGUUAACUCAAAUGAAAUAAAAAAAAGAAAUACAACACCAUUAGAUUCCUAUUUUCAUGAUAAUAAUAGAAGAGGUAAUGCUUACAAUCAAAUUAAUUAUGUGCUCGAUAAGACUAAAAUAAAUAAUUGUUCUAUAACUUUAGAUAAUAACAAUAAAAAAAUGUAUUUAUUAAAUUAUAAUAUGAAAAAAUGA